AUGAGAGAUCACCUGUAUCUGGAAGAGGAGCAGUGUAGAACCACGUUUCCUACGCUGUUCCGCGAGGUCGAUGAUGCGGUCGCCAGAGGAAAUUUUGUCUUUGAGAAGAGUAACCCAGACUACCAAGGGCUUGUGCAGGGAAGGAUAAAGGACGGAAAGCUCUAUGUUCUCAGCGCAGCACCCGAUACAGUCGACGAAAUACACCACGAACGCACUGCUAUCCUGUCCCAGGUACACCGCGCGCUCCUCACUUCUCCGUCCCCUCUUCCAGAUAUCCACUUUGCCUACGUCAUCAACGACUCCCCGAAGAACAACUCAUGGGCUUUCGCACGGCCAAACAAGCCGUCGACGUACAACACCUGGCUGAUGCCAGCCUUCGCCUUCUGGUCUUGGCCGAGCCCGGCCCUAGGAGCUAUGGACGACAUACUGAACAGGAUAGAAAGCGUGGAGAAGGAGCUGGCAUGGGAUAAGAAGAAUGACAAAGCCGUUUGGAGGGGAACGCCGUGGUUCAAUCCGUUGGGUCAUCCAACGCUCCGCCAGGACCUCUUGAAAGCAGCGCGAGGGAAGGAGUGGGCCGACGUCGCAGGCUUCAACAUGAGUAACGGUAUGGAAGCCACCAAUAUCUUGCAGAUCGAAGACUUCUGUCGAUACAAAUACGUGGUAUACACGGAAGGCGUAACAUAUUCUGGGAGACUACCGUAUCAUCAGGCCUGCGGAAGCGUGCUACUGACGCCGCCGCUAACUUACCUCACGCAUACAGCGUGGCUUAUGCGGCCGAUACACGCUGACUAUCUCCUUGCGCUCUUCGAUCAGGCCAAUAAGACGCACGAGUCCCCAGCGUUCAACAGCCCACGCUAUAGACCUCCGCCUGCGCUCCUUCCAAGCGUCAAAGGCUGGCGUGAAGCCAACGCCAUUUACGUCGAUCCUAAGUUCUCCAACCUCGAAUCCGUUAUCUUGUUCCUACGUUCUCAUCCUGAUGUCGCGAAGCGCAUAGCGCAGAACCAGCGCGACGCCGUUGUCAUGGCUGGUUAUCUGAGUACCGCCGCAGAGACGUGCUAUUGGCGUGGGCUUAUCCGUGGAUGGGCGUCGGUCGCGAAGGUCGACAAUGGAUGGGGCGAGGAGCUGGGCGAGCGAUUCGAGACGUGGAUUCUGAGGCAGGUUACGGAAAGGAGAGAUAUGGUGAGAGGGAAGAACAGUCGGUCGUUGCAAUGA